CCCACCUCACCCCACCCCGAACCAAUCCAGUCCUUAAUUUCUAUCCAACUCCUGUCUCCCAGAGGAGGGGGAAGGUGGGAUGGUGAUGGGGGGAUGCUUUGAAUGGUGGUUUUUAGGUUAGCAAUAUUAAGAGGUUGUGUUUUUAAGUAAGUGGAUGAAUGCUUAAUGUUAAUGGAGGAAAGUCCUGUGGUAUUGCUGAGCUUUCCCCAUCUGAAUAUUAAGCCAGUUCAAAUUUAUAUAAUGAGAAAAUUCAAAUCAGUGGACUGAAAAGCCCAGAUUAAAACAAACUAUACUUUAGAUCAAUCGCUGAAGUAACCUGGUUUGCCAGAUGGGGGAAGAAAUGCAACAUUUAAAGUUUAUUUAAAUUUUAUAUAAAUACAAGGCUUUUUCUACAACUAGGAAAUAUUGCAUUAAACAGUGGGGAUGUAUUUGUAUGUGAAGCAGCCUGGUGUCAGAUAGGGGUAGAAUUAAUAAUGUUGGAGAGAAGUUUCUAGUAAAUAUACAUUUGAAGAAAUGAAAACAAAUCCUCUUCUGACAUCAAAACCGCCAUGCAUAAGACGCCAGUCUGCUUUGAGAUUACAUUCUGAUUCUUCUCAUGUUGAAACUGUUGUAUGAUUGGCAAUAAUAAUUUUAACAGGCUUGCAGCAAAAUUGUAAUUGUUAUUAUAAUCAUACAAGUGUUCCACACAUUUUCAAAAUUAACUACUUCAGGCAAGUUUACAUUAAAACAAACCCAAAAAAGCUGCCUGGUGAGGUUUCUGUUUAAGCUGCGAGAAUAAGACGUAAGUUUUUUUUUGUCAUGUGCUUUCAACAAGAAGAAAAAUCAGUGGUGUGUGUUCAGACUCAGGGGAACAGCUUUUUUUUGUCUGCAGACUAGUAAAUGGAUGAUCAUUGCUUAAAAGCAACUGCACAGAGCCAAAGGUACAUAUACAUACAUACAUCCUGAAAUGUUUGUGCAAUGAAAAACACAAUUGAGAUUGUAGUUCUACUUGGAGUUUUCAUUUUGAUGUGGCGGUGAAAAUUCCCCUGAGUCUGGGUUGAUGUAUUUAUAAUAAAGAAAUAUCCUCUGCACUGAAGAAACAGAACCAUAUUUCACAAGGAGACUGGCCUAUUGCAGUUUUCUGCUCUGCAUUUAAAUAAUUUCUCAUUGUGUCCCAGCUGAUGCUUUUUAGACAGGGGGUCUAUUACGAGUCCAACUGGAAAACACUCUCUUGCAUGAAGAUGAAGCUGGAUUCCUCCUUCAUUCCCAUGCAAGUUCCCCCUGAUGCUAAACUGAUGGGUCAGGUGUUCAUGGGCUCCUCCUCCUCUUGGGGAAUGGGUGUGCUAACCAACACCUGGUAUGGCAGUCUUUCAGAAAAUGGCCUUUAUUCAACUGUCUUUACUGAGAUCGGCUGCAUCCCUGUGUCCUUCACAAGCUAUACUCCACAAUCUGGGUGGCUCACUGUCAGCACCUUCAACUGGGUAAUUGGCACCUCAAACCCUAUGGACUACUUGCCUCCUGAUUUCUGUGCCAACUCUGAACUGGAGGAAACAGAAACACCACAUAAUUUCUUCACUGUCAUGGAGUCUCUGGCCAUGAAGAGCAAGAGAAUAGAGUAAACAUCUUGAGCAUCUUGAGCAAGAUAAUUACAGAUAAUUACAAAUCCUGUCCCUCAGCAGAAAUCCAUAUUUGACCUGAAUGAUUCAGUCAUCAUCAUGAGAUGAUCACUGGAUCAUCAUGUCAUUUUAAAGUUACAUUAACAUGACAUCCAGCAGAGUUGUCAUCUGCAAUUCACAGACCUUACCUUUGGAUUGUAGGUAGAAAAUGUAAAUAAAAAAAUCUAUAUUUUUAGAGUGAGAACUACAGAUCAGUCAACACUACAUAAAGGAGACCUUCAAAUAACAGAUUUCAGAUUUGCUUUGUCCUCUGUCUUUGUCAUUAUGUCAAUAAAAUUAUUUGCACUUAAA